CUUGUGAAUGAGACACAUGCGCAGUAGGUAGGGUCAGGGUUGGACCGGAGGUUGUCUUUUAUUUUCUGUCAGAGUUCCCGUCCUUCGGCUGCUGGCGGAGUUGGGGUUUUUGUUCGGUCGGAUGGAGAGGAGGCCUUUGACCUUGACUGUUUACUGGGCAUUGUGAAUGAGCGCCGCGGGAACACGAUGGCAGCCCCAAGGGCCGGGGAGCCCCCAGGUGGACUGGAGCUUAAUCCAGAUGCUGCAGAUUUCAUUCCUCGAGAAAUGCAGGAAACAGAGAGAAAAAAUAAACCAGAGGAUUUUGGCAGGAACAAUAACACCAAUCUAUCAUCAUCCAGGCAGCGGCCAUUUCGUAGCUAUCGCUCUGGUUUGACACACAAAAGAGAGUAUUCUCAGCAGUCAAGGAAUCAUUAUAAUGAAGACCCUGCCUCUGAUCCCAGGGCAGGCAGUGAGGGGCACAGGACUAACCAGAAUAAAGCAGGUAUGCAUAGUUUUCAAAAUCAACGACGACACCGUGUAAGAGAAGAAAAGUCUUGUUCUGGAGAAACACCACUUGCUAAUGAUUCACAGCAGGAAACCGUUGGAAAUUUAUUUCAAUCAAGGUUAUUCGAAAAAAAUUCAGUGGAGGAUAUCGCACAGAAAGACCCAGUGGAGGCAGGGGCAGAAUGGGUGGAGCACAGAAAGAUUCAUAAUUCAGACCAAGAAAAUUGGAGAGCACCAGCAAGUCGGGCUGGAGCCAAACCAAAGAAAGUUAAUCUGCACGUGUAUAAACACAAUCGAGGAAUGGUUAACCAAGGAAAAUUUACCUUUGAGAAAGAUGGUAGAACAUUUGGAAAAAAGACUAAUGUAAUGAUUGAAAACAUGAGCCCUCCAGAAGCUAACCAAAUAGAACACACUUGUGAACCUUCUGUAAUGGAUAAAAAUUAUGAAAGAUGCAAUGAUCAGUCAGAGAGAAAGUUUCUUAAAAAUAGAAAUAGCCAGAGAGAAUUCACCUGGGGCAAAGCAUACUCUGACCAUGAAGCAUACAGAGGUUCGACUGCAGACAAUGUUAGGACAGGCUCCAGUUUCGCCAUGACUGCUUCAGCAGUGGAUACCAAGACUAACUUCAAUGAGGAGAGUGUGAAUCCUAAAUUACAGGAUCGUUUGACCCACCGAACACAAACAUGGAAAAUGAGUGACGUAGAAAGAAGAAGAAAACGACCAGAAGAUCUACAAAAAAAAUCCUUUGAUCUGCAAAAGAAAUCCUUUGAUUCGGGAAGGAAGACGUUUUGGAAAAAACAGAUGGAAGUUCACAAGAGCAAGGAGACUCACACAGGAUCUCUGAUCGAACAGCUCACAUCUGAGAAAUAUGAGUGUAUGGUUUGCUGUGAGGUGAUUCGUGUGAUGGUACCUGUCUGGAGCUGUCAAAGCUGUUAUCAUGUGUUCCACUUGAAUUGCAUUAAGAAAUGGGCAAGAUCACCAGCUUCUCAAGCUGAAGAUGGGAAUGGUGGUUGGAGAUGUCCUGCUUGUCAGAAUGUUUCUGUAAGAGUCCCCAGUUCUUACAUCUGCUUUUGUGGUAAGGUUAACAAUCCAGAGUGGAACAGGAAUGAGAUACCUCACAGCUGUGGAGAGCUUUGUGGAAAGAAACGAUCUGGCAGCGACUGUCCUCACUCAUGUAACAUCCUUUGCCAUCCUGGACCAUGUCCAUCUUGCCCUGCAUUUGUGACAAAAACAUGUGAAUGUGGUAGAACCAGCCAGUCAGUUCGAUGUGGGCAACCAGGAACCAUUCACUGCAGUAACGUGUGUGAUAAUCUCCUAAUUUGUGGGAAGCAUACAUGUGCCCAGGUAUGCCAUGCAGGGAAGUGCCAGCCAUGUCCACUUACUGUUAAGCAAGGCUGCUAUUGUGGAGCUACUUUCCGAGAAGUGCCGUGUGGAACAGAUAAAGAAGCAUAUGAUGGCACUGGCUAUUUUUCUUGUCAGAAGCCAUGUGACACACCAGUACUUAGGAAAGUGGAAGCUGUUAGUAAGGGCAAACAGCAAAAGAAAAGCCGUUGCUAUCCCCCAAUGAACCGGGAGCAUCGCAGAAUCAUUCAUGAGCUGGCUGAAGUCUAUGGUGUUGAAAGUGUCAGUUAUGACAGUGAGCCCAAGCGCAAUGUUGUUAUCACUGCUGUGAAGGGAAAAUCUGUGUGUCCAAAUGUUUCACUCACUUCAUUGAUUGAGAGAGAGAUGGCAGCAAGACCACCCCCACCAAUUGCACAUUACAGACAACAAGCACUUAAGAUUGACAAUGGAACAGUUGCCCUGCAAAAGCCGUUAAAGGAAGAACCAGUCAUUGAUUACUUUGAUGUUCAGGACUAGAAGAAGAAUAAAUUUCAAAUACGUUUGAAAUUUAGAUCACGCAUCUGGGACAGUAAGUGGUUGAGAAAUAACCUGAUCAGUAGUGCACAAAAAGAAUCACUGAAGAUUUGUAAGGUGAUACAAUUGUGUUAGUCUAUUAAGCUUCAAUUCAAUAUGCGUAACAAAGUGAGCUGCUAGUCUCUGCUGUAAGAAUACACUGUUGCAUGAGACAAACCUAAGAAGAAUGUAAACAAAAUCUGUGGAAUGAAUUAUGUAAACCAUGCAUUCCUAUCAGCUGUUGUUGCUCCUGUUGACGGUGCUGAAUGAAGGGUUAACAUUGUUUUUCCCUUGGUUUUUUCUUUUGAAAGAAAUCGACUUCAGCGUGAUAAUGUUAAAGGUGGCUGUGUAAUAAUUGCACUCGAAGAUUAAAUAAAUUUCAACGAAUAUAA